AGAAAGAUCUGAACCAGUGUGGUAGAACGUGGUGGUUUUCCGCCCGCUGCGGCUUCUUGAUCGACAGUACUCCAACCCACCACCACCAUGGCUGCGAGCAACGACGUGCGAGGAUGGGUGAUGAGCGGGAUUUCGGGUGUCGCGUGUGUGCUGGGCUCGUCUGUCAUCUGCGCAGACGUCGUGCUACGGAAGCUGUCUCGCCGCAAGAGCUUCCAGAUCACCAGCAGCAGUAGCUUUCUGUCGGCGUCGCUGUGUUUGAGUGCUGGAGUCAUGGUAGGCGUUUCUUUGCUAUUCACCUCGCUCUACAGCAUGCUCCCCACCUCGAAGCAGUAUCUCACGCGGUCAGGCCUCUCUGCUCGAGCGUCAGCCUAUAUACUUAUUGCGCUCUUUCUCGCUGGCGUGGUUGUCAUCCGCGUCUUCUCCGCCCUGAUUCAUCACCACAUCCCAUCGCACGUGGUUGACUGCGCCCACAGCCACGAACCGGGCGCCGAUCUGGAGAACGGCCACGGUGAGAUGCGGGAGUGUGAUCCAGAGGACCGGGAUCAGACUACCGAUGGGGGAGACGCGAAUGGAAGCACGGAGAAUACGCCUCUCUUGGGCCGGGUUGGACGGGGGCCCUCCUCCAAGUCCACACCGGCCCUCGUGCAGCAUGUUCCGGCGGUGCUCUCGCCCCAGCGACGAGAGUCGCUGAGAGUUCGCCUGAGUCGCCGGAUCAGUCUGCUCAUGGGAGAUACAAAGGCGCUGUGUGACGAGAACGGGCCGUGCUAUGGAUUCUCCGAGGCCUGUGGCCGCGAGUGUACCAAGAUCUUCGUCAAGGCGAACGCGGCGCCGCCAGAGGAAGUCGUCAACGGCGGUGACAUGUACAUUCCCUCUUAUGUCGGUCACUCACUUGAUGGUGAGGAGACACCCACGCCACAAACGGUACGACAUGUGUCCGAAGGCUGGCUCGAUCGACCACGAAACCUGUCUGGGCAUCCCGAAAACGAUUAUUCUGAUGCGGAGAACGCCGACGAAUCGCUCAACGGUCAUCCACAUAAAACGUCCGAUAGUGAGCAGGACGAGAAUCACGAUCACCACCAUGAUGAUCACCACCACCAUCCGUCCGAACAACACAAACAUCUUUCCCCCAGUCAACACCACCAUCACGUUCCACAGAACGCCUUCCUCUCCAUUGGCCUCCAAACCUCCCUGGCGAUCGCUCUGCACAAGCUUCCUGAGGGUUUCAUCACCUACGCCACCAACCACGCCAGCCCGACGCUGGGCAUGACCGUGUUCCUGGCGCUGUUCAUCCACAACAUCAGCGAAGGCUUCGCCAUGGCGCUCCCGCUGUAUCUGGCUCUCAACUCCCGCUGGAAGGCCAUGUUCUGGUCGAGCCUGCUGGGCGGCAUCAGCCAACCUCUCGGCGCGGGCAUCGCCGCUCUAUGGAUCUGGGGCUCGCGGAACAAUGCCACCGAGGGUCCCUCGUGGGGGGUGUACGGCGGCAUGUUCGCCAUCACGGCUGGAGUGAUGACCUGCGUCGCCUUGCAGCUGUUCAGCGAGGGGCUGGCGCUCGCUCACAACCGCAACUUUUGCAUCUCAUGUGCCAUUGUGGGGAUGGGCUUAAUGGGAUUAAGUUUUGCUUUGACGGCGUGACAGGGGUUUUUACAUGUCUACCUAGUCGUCCAGUGGUAAGAGAGAAAAUGGAAUAAAUAGUGUUAGUUUGAAUAGAAGCCUG